AAUGCCGCGCAACAAUAGUUAUAUAUAAGGCGACCACUUUCAUAGAAUAUCAAUAUUUUAUCCGGAUUUACUAAACUCUAGAGCAAGGGUUUUUUACCACCAAAAUCUCAGUCCCGCCUUUACGAAAUUUGAAAAGUGAAGGUAUUUGUAGUGGUUUUCCCCCGGAACCUAAAGAACAGAAGAGAUUUCAUGGAGAAUUUGACUUCAACAGCCCCGGAUGUGACCACCGUGUACAUUACAUCAGCAGACCAAGAUGCCACUGGUUUUCCUAUCAAAUCCAAAACUCUACAGGAUUUAUCAGACCUUCAGUCGACAUCCACAUCUCAGAAUCCAACCAGCGUAUAUCAGCAAACCACAAUCCCCGUCGACGUCGCUCUAUGCUCAGUGCACGAGUUCCUAACCUGUUGGCUCAUACCUGUCUCUUCCAUUUUAAGUCUGAUAUCCAUAUCCGGCAAUGUCGCCACAAUCACCAACAUACUGUGCAGGCGCAUGUACAAAAACGGAACUUACUUGUGCAUUCUGCUGGUGGCAAUGGGUGACCUUUUGACGACUAUCCUACUCUACGUCUUUAUGUUUAUUCUAUUUCCCAUCAUGUUCGAGCUUUAUCUUAACAUUCCCCUUUGCGUUUUGUUUUUCUGGGUUGGGUACACUUCUCACUUCUGGGCUGGGAGUAACCUUGUUCUGCUUGCCUUUGAGAGGUAUUCUCUGAUCACAAACCCAUUUAGAUAUCAAACAUUUCAUAGAAAGCAUCGAGCGGUCAAGAUAUCGCUGCUUAAUUUGUCCAUUUUGUCCGUCUUGUGCAUUGCAUAUGCCGUCGUUUUAUCGUUUAUCGAAUCUUGUCCCGAAUUCUUCCUGAUAAUGUAUUACUUCGCUUUUAUCGGCGUUCCGUUUUUCUUUAUAAUUACAGGAAUGCUGCUGUUUUUACAUUGUUAUAAACUGAUCAAGAUAAAAAACAUGCCCAACCUUUCCCUUCAAACCUCAAACAAGAAAGGAUUCUCUGAGCUAACCACAAAAGUCUACCUCAUUUGCCUUACGUAUGUGUUCAGUCAGAUCCCGUUUGUUAUUAAUGACUUCAUGGUACUGUUUAUACAAUUCGGGCUCCUUGGUCCCUCUGAAAUGUGGACGCACCUUCUGUAUCAGAUAGGGACGGUCUCCAUUCUGGCAAACUACGCCAUUAAUCCCUUCAUAUACUUUCUCUCGUUCAAAAGAAUGAAGUCUCUGUGUAAGGUAAAGCGUAGGGAAAUCCCCUCAUCAGCAAUGAGUGUCUACAAUGUCAGUAAACAAAAUACAUGUACUGUUAACCAAUAAACUACAAGUUAUAACAAAUUACCGAAUGUGUAAAAGACUUAUGUUGGAUAAUAAAUAAACGAUAUGAUAAACCAACUCUUUAGUUACCUGUAACUCGUCAAACCACACACGGGUGGUUAGAACUGUAAGACAGGUAUAGUGAAUUUUUCACCAGCCAGACAACUUGUCAAACUUGCUGCUUAACUAGUUAGUUAACACACGACAUAUUAACUGUUAACUGUACAAAGCCGGCCAGUACACAACUAAGCCGUUUUAACUAUAGCCGCCGCUAUGUGGCUAACUAUUCCGCAUAGUUGAUUAACAAACCGCUAACUAGUUAGUAACGAUGACACACACAACAUAUCAUUAUAAAAUUUAACCAUAAUAAUUAGUUAUGACAAGGUCGCAGUUAAUUAACCACAUGUAGUCAUAAUUACACACAUCAUUUCUUAGUUUACCGUUAACUAACAAGUCAUAAUACACACACACAUACAAUGUUAUAGUUUACCGUUAACUAACAAGUCAUAAUACACACACAAUGUUAUAGUUUACCGUUAACUAACUAGUCAUAAUACACAUUAUGUUAUAGUUUACCGUUAACUAACUAUUUACAACAUGUACUAUGAAAUAUAGUUUACCGGUUAAUUAAGAACUUGUGCCGUGUUAUAGUUUACCUUUUGUUACUUAGUCAUCGUAAAUACCAAAGGAUUACUUAACACUUUCCAAUAUAAGAGCCAAGGGUCACUGUGAUUAGCUAAUAUACAUGUACUUAUAUGUAUAAUUACUUUAAAUGCUAGAUCAUUUCAAAUUUAAUCUCUUUGAAUUAAUGAUGUCUGAUCAUCAGUAUUCGAUACUCUAAAUUUCUGAAUUUUUCAUGUUUUUAUCACAGAUUUGCCGGUGUUUUUUGAAAAUGUAUUGUAUAAAGAAUUUUGGUUUUUUUUCUUGAUCGUUGUUUUUGCCCAGCUGUAUUAAGGAGAACAACAGUACUUCAUAUUUAUUUAGCUAUUUACGAUUUACCAUUUAUAAUUAAUCACAAUUCUUCUUUUACCCUUUUCAUAACUCAUCUUGGCAAACACGCUGUUACUUUUUAUCGGAUUACCAUUUCUGUUGGUUUUAAUUCAUAUACGAGGUAUGAAAAACAGAUAUCAUUUUUAGAAUGAAAACAAUACUUUGAGCUGAGAGUUGAAGAACCGUUAAUGAAUAUAAAAUAAUUAUCUCGGUUAGAACCAAUCGGCUUCAUUACUAAACGCAGCUAUUGACCAAAGUAAUCGGAGCCGAACGCUACAGUGACGAGUAUAUUGUUACUGAUCUGUUUUCAUGAACGGUUUUUAGAUUAUUGUAUAAUGUUUGUUAUGUUUCCUUUCAAAUGUCUAGAGAAUAGAUUUCGUGUGUUACAGCAUCAUAAGGGUAUUAUCAAACCCCAUUUUGUCGAGGGGAAUCUGUUAACCCGUAGUUCUGUGGGUGUUUCUGAUACUUUUCCAUCUUUUUUCCCCUGUAGAAAUUACAAUUUACUUUACUAUACACGUAUUAUGUAAACUGAUAUCUUGAUGUUGAUUUAAACUGUGUACAUAUAAAUAUUCAAUUUUCAAUGACAUGAUAUCAUUAAAAGUAUAGCUGAUUAAUUUUGUGUAUGUGUUUCGGUUUGUUUUGGGAUGUUUUAUUAAUUUUUGACUCAACCUUGUCAUUGUUACAUAUAUUAA